UGGCUUCGACUCAUAAGACCACCAGUGCACCACGCUUCACUUCAUCACCCGACCUCAGUACCCGACUAGACAGGACAAAGCCAGCCAGAAAUCAUCUCACAGCCGACAAGAUGGACCACUCAGGCAUGGAUAUGGGCGACACCGCCGAUUGCAAAAUUGAGAUGCUCUGGAACUGGAACACGAUAGACGCCUGCUUCCUCUCCGAGUCAUGGCGGAUCGAAAACCAGGGCAUGAUGGCAGCCACGUGCAUCGGCGUCAUGUUGCUGGCCGUCCUCAUUGAGUUCUCGCGUCGCCUCGGCAGGGAGUACGAUGCCUUCCUCACACGGCAGUUCCAGCGUCAAGCAUGCGCCCACGGCACGAGCCUCGCAGCCAAGGGUUGCGGUGGCUCGACGGAGCCGUACACCCCUACGAUCACGUACCGCGCCACUGUGCUGCAGCAGUUCAUCCGCGCUCUGCUGCAUGCCGUCACCUAUGGCGGUGCGUACAUUGUCAUGUUGCUGGUCAUGUACUUCAACGGCUACAUUAUCAUCUCGGUGUUUUUGGGUGCCGGCUUGGGCAAGUUUCUCUGCGACUGGCUGGUCGUGAAGAUUGACGUGCAGAAUCUCGAGGUGGACCGGGCCCCUGCUGGCAUCGACGAGGCCACGGUGUGCUGUGGUUGAGAGGGGCAGGCGAGGAGAAGCGAUGCAUGUGAGCGAGGAGCAUUAUAAUACCCCGAUGUCGUUGGCAGGAAGCAAAUGAUUGGAUACAUAUUAGAAUUUAUUAGAGCGCAAGGCCUUGUGAUCGGGCCCCAAACAUCAGACCCGUCUUGCAUCCGGUCAUUGCAUGGGACGAGACGUGCCUAACUUAUUGAUGCACUGGGUACAGACGUGAACACGCAACGUCCGCAGGCGGGAUAAAUCCGGCUCCCAGCGUAGGCCAGGAUUUCUGAAGCAUUCGGCGUCCAUUUGUCGGGAUUGUUGGCGUGAACCUCUUCUCAGUCGAAAGCCUCUGCGCGGGUGUCAAUCGGCGGUAUGUGCUGAAGAAAAUACAUGUAAGGAUAUCACCGGGUACACCCGCAAACUAGAUGAGAUGGAGCCUAUAACAGGCUAACAAUAACUUUACAUAGACUACUAUCGGUUUUGGACACAAAUUACAUG